AUGUUAGGGAUUGGAAGGUUGGUGCAUGCAGUUCUUAGCUCUCUACUGGAAGGUCCUGAGCUGCUUCUCACUGAGACUAAUGAAAGUGCCAGAGGCAACAUUCACUGCAACAAGUUCCUAUCCGAGAAUCUCCCAUUGGGCAUGAGGCGAGAGCAGUUAACUGGACUUGCUGAAGUCAAAGAAGUUAGGAAGCCCCAACUAUUGACGUACUACCGACUGCAUUGUCAUCAAUGGGAACUCGACGGAAGACUGCCGCCUCGAGGGAGGAGUGCAGCCAAACUCUUUGACACCUGCACCUGCCUGCAACCUCUGUCAUGCCUGACCCCGAACAGGUUCGAAGUCCUUGCCUCUGGUAUGGAUGAACCUCACUUCACUGUUAUCCCAAGGUCUGGGGAAAUACUUUGUGGAGUCCUCCUCGUGCCCAUGGAUGAGCAGAGGGGAAGAGUCCCCGAGUUACUACGCCAAAUAGUAAUAGCGGACCUCCUCUCGCCCCUUCACGCCCUCACCUCUGCCCGACAC